AUGGCUGAAAAUAUUGAGCCUUCACCGGCCAAGCGCCCUAGAAAGCCUAACUUUACGCCAGCAGAGUGUGCGGUAAUUUUUGAAGAGGCGGAAGAGAAUCUUAGUAUCAUUAAAAGCAAGUUUUCUUCAACGUUAUCGAACAAAAAUAAGUCACGAGUUUGGGAAAAAAUCACCUCUAAAGUGAAUGCCCUCGGCGUAUGCAAAAGAAGUGUUGCGGAGGUGAAAGAAAGGUGGAGGGGUAUGGUCAGCUCAGCCAGGAAAGAACACAACAAAUGCGCUGUCUCACGAAACGAGACUGGGGGAGGAAGAAAACCAGACUCCCCUAAAGGAACAACAGUUAAGAUAAUCCAGUUGUUUGAGGACGACCCUUCGUUCAGCGGUAUUUCCUGUGGGAUAGAUUCAGGUAAAUCACUGCUUUGCUAGAAAUUCUAUAACACGAGCGAAACGAUAAAUCACUUUAAGUAGUUAUGUUUCGCCUGAAAGGCGUUUGCGUUGAAUUCUAGUUGUUUAUAACUUUUUCGCCCUCGUACGCCGCAUUUUGCCCAGGAUGCGUUUGGACCCAGUAGAAGUUAAAAUUUUUCCGGCUAAAGUUCACUGAACAGUGAAGAAUUUUCUUGUAAAAAUGGCUUAUAGUAAGGCUCAUAUCGUGAUGCAUUUUUUUUCGUUGGUAUACCGAUAUACACAUGCAUGACUUUGAAAAAACAAGACCAAACCAUUCUCCGCUUUAAUAUGAGCGAGUGAGCGAAUAAUUUUUGAGACCUGUACCAAACGAAUCUAUCGAAAACGGCUACUUCUACUAUAAGAGCUAACCUUGUUUCGUUUCCUUUAAUUUUAUAACAGAUGUUUUGGUCAAGCUGAAAAGCUCACUCGUUUCCUCAGCGGUCUACAUAUUGUCAGCCGCGAAAUUGUCUAAAUCAUUCGGUAUAUAAAAAGCUACUGCCUUUUAUUCUAUCGUCGAAAGAAUUGAAAAAUUGUCAACUUAUGCUAAGAAAGGUGUUACCAAAAUCGAUACCAGUGUUGUUACCCAAGUUAGUUUUCUUUAAAUUACCAUUUGCAUAAAUAAGCUUAUUUUACCCCAACAUUUCAAUAUAUUUAAUCUUUAAACCCAAGAAACAGAUAAAGAGUAAGAAAAAUUGGUCAGCUGCGUUGAGAUUAUCUGGAGUUCUUAGUGGGAAAUGUAGUGUGAAAAGGACAAUCAGAUUAGUUAUGGGUUUUAACACAAUGUUUAUCCAGCACAAUGUUUAUGCAGCACAAGUUUCAGACUCAACCAGGGACUCAACAAUUGAUGCUGACAUCCUUAAAUUGUCAACUCUAUCCUCUAGAGGAACCAGUCCCUUUUCUGGAAAUUCACCCACCAGAGAAACCAGCUGCCAGUCUUCAAUCGUGCCAGAUCCACUACCCAUGCCAGUAGCUCUACCUGAUACACAGCUUAAUUCCUCAAGCAGUUCUGCUGAAUCACUGCUUGUAUCUUUGCCGUCAAAGACCUCAGCAAAGCUGCCUGAACAGCCCAAGAAAACUCCAAGAAAGAAAGUGACAAUGGACGAGAUAAUUGAACUGCACCUCUCUGUUCUUCAAAAAGAAAAAAUGAAACUUGACUUGGAAAUUGAAAAUAUACUUUAA